AUCAAAUUGUGAUGCUAGAGCCUUCUGGGAACUUGGAGCCUUGCAUAAACAGCCAAUGGUGUCUAAAGGCAGUGUUAUUGAAUUGGUCCAAGGGCUGCUUGAUAGAGUGGAGCUUUUGAUAGAUAGUUUAAUUAGUUUAGUAUAUAAGAAACGACUUGAAAAAGCACAAGGUGUUUUUGAAAAUUUUGUGGCUUGGGCAGGUUUUCUACCAUACCCUGCAUCAAGGAAGCUGUUAGUGGCUUUUUUUGCUUGGUUGGAGGUUUUAGGAAGAAUAACAGAAAUGACAAUUUGUCUAGCUGUGGUGGCUAAAAAAUACAAGUUUAGGAACUUUGAGAACUCAAUAAAAGAGGCUUGGUUCAUUUAA